UAAAGCAGAGAACAGGAAGAAGACUUCUAGAGUGCAAGUCUCGCAGUUGGAAAACAUGACGUCGAGUGCAUUUUCAUUUAUGCUCUUGCCGGUAGCAUUAUUUCUACGACUUCUCGGUAGUUCCGUCGUUGAUUCACCUGUAAAAGCUGUGAAUUGGUCCGAAAAGAAGUGGCACCAUGAAUCAGAAAUUUUAUCCAGAGCAGCCGUCCACACAUUGACUUUAACUAACCCUAUUCAGUAUGCAGUGUUUAAUAGUACACUUGACGUUCUUUUGACUCCUAGAGUUCCUGGAACUCGAGGUCACGAGAAUGUGAGAAAGUUUAUAGUUGAAACCAUGAAGUCUUUAGACUGGGAAGUUGAGGAAGAUACUUUUAUUGCAACAACCCCCCAUGGUGAAAUACUAUUCACAAACAUCGUUAGUACCCUUAACCCUAACGCUUGUGAACAGUUAGUGCUGGCUUGUCAUUACGACUCUAAGUAUUUCAGUGAGGGCACGUUUUAUGGAGCCACUGACUCUGCAGUUCCCUGCACAAUGAUGAUUCACUUGGCCCGUAUUCUGGACAAGCAGUUAAAACAACAGAAGAAAAAGUUUCCUAUAGCUUUAAACAUUGACACCAGGGAUAAAAGUGGGGAGCAUGUAUUGAUACUUUUGGAUCUUCUGGGUGCUGCAGACCCACAGUUCCACAGCUAUUUUGAUGACACCUAUGGUUUGUACAUUCAGCUUGUCAAUGUUGAACGCCGUUUGAAUGCCAUGAAAAGGCUUGAACUCUCACCACCUCUAUUUACUACCAACUAUUUUUACAACAAAAAUUCUUUUUCAUUUGUAGAAGAUGAUCAUCUUCCUUUCUUAAAAAGAGGUGUUCCAAUCUUGCAUUUGAUUCCAAAUCCUUUUCCUUACACAUGGCAUUUAUUGAGCGACGACAAACAACAUCUGCAUCACCCAACAAUCAACAAUCUCAACAAAAUUCUUACAGUUUUUGUUGCACAGUAUCUUCAACUAAAUAUUGUAGGGACUUAAUGAAUAAUUAUUUUAUAUUUUGGCUCAUUAGCCUCUGUAUUUUUCCUUCCCUUUCCUUUGUAACAUCUGGUCAGAUCAUACAUUAGUGAAUACUGAAGCUGAGUGCCACUUUCAGGGGAAGUCUGUAAAGGAUUUGACGUGUGUGUGUGUGGUUCUAUACUGAUGGUUAAUACAGCAUUAAUGAUAUAGUUUGUUACAAAUUUCAGUUGAAAAUUGUAUCAUUUCAGUAUUUUGUUGUAUUAUUAGUACAGCAAUUCUUAAUUGUUUACUGCUUUCCACUACUUAUUAUGAUUUUCAGCUUGUGAUUGUUGUUCAUUUGAUUUGUAGAAUCAACAAAUUUGUAUUUAAAAUUAUUUAAAAAAAAUCUAAUUGGCUUUUUUUUGGUAUUUAUCAUUUUUAAAGGAAGUUGUAUCUGUAUAUAAUGUAAUGGAAGAUAAUAUUAUCAUACAUUCUUUGCAUAGUGUUUACUUUCAUAUAAAGACUAUUGGUUGUGAUGAGUAAUGAAUAUGAUUUUUACUCUUCUUGAAAUUGAUUCUUUUCAGGUAAACUUGUCAUUUGUAAAAAUUUAACUACUAUUUUACAAGAAAUAUUUACCAAAAAUUAUAUGAAAAAUGUGGUAACACAAUUAAAAAGUAUCAACCCAAUUAAGCUGAUAUAAUAUGAAAUACAAUGAAAAAAAACUUCAUCUUUUUUUGAACAUAGUUUAUAAAUGGUAUCAAUACUUUCAAAUUACCAAACAGUUUUGAAAUUUUGAAGUAUUUAUAUUCUAAACUAUACUUGAUAUUUAAAACAUGCUAGCAUUAUGUAUUGUCCUUUUUGUAGUGUACUUGAAACCCUUUACAUCAUUUGUCACCAUUGUUGUUAAAACAUGCGUGUAUUAUUUCAAACUUGCCUUUGCAAAUUUUGGGUCACAUCAACCAUAAUCUAGAAAAUAACACCACCAAAGUUUAACUUUGUAGUUAAAGAAAGAGAUCCCAGUUAAAUCUGUAGUUGCUAUAUUUUCCCUAGAAUUUCUUACUUUAUAUGAAACUAGGGUUUUAAUUUCAAGUAAACUUUUGAUAGUAAUGUUAGAAAAAAUAUUAUUUUGCUAUCAAUAAGCAGAUAUAUUUUAUAAUUUUGUUAUUUUAUGUUUGAAGCUGGUAGAAAAUGUAAAUCGAUCUCUCUCUCCCCUCCACCUUUUUUAAAAUUUCACAGCUAGAAAUUUAAAGAUAAAUUGUUGCUUGAGAAAAUUAUGCUUGUAAGAUGUCAAGGCUAUUAUUCCAGUUUCCUUGGAUACUCACAAUAUAGUGCAUUGUAUGUAUAAACAAUUAUUCUAAUGCUGUAUUCACAAUUGAAGAUGUAUGUUUGAGAAUUAUUACAUUGUGGUUAUUUUAUGCAUACGUAUACAUACACUAAAAUGGUAUUUUGUUUUGAAAUAACCAGUCACCUGCUUGUUAUAAAAACAUGAAAAACUGUUGAACACAACUUCAGGAAGCACAGUUUUUGAUCUUGCUCUGUUGUAACACACUUUAGUCAGUGAUGUUUGUAUACAAAGUAAGAAUUACUAUGAUUUCCAUGUACAAUUUUAAACUUCUGUAUUUUGAUCUCUACCCUUUUCCCUAGAAAACAAUUUGUAUUCAAAAACUUAUUCACUGGAAUUAGAUUUUUGAGUUAAUGAAAUAAUUUGUAAUUUUGAUCUUUCAUAAUGUAACAGUUAAAAUACGGUGGAUUAAGUCAGAGAAAAUACUUUACAUUUUUUGUAUAAUAUAAAAAAAAAGAUUUGUAUAGGCUUUUUUUUUAAACUAUAACUUUUAUACUAAUAAAGUUGGAUUUCAAAGGCUGAUAAAGGAUUUUAUAUUCUAUCAAAAUGCAAAAGAAAUUUUCAGUUUACUUCUUUAGCACUUUUAAAUUAAUAAAAUGUUUGUCAAUUUGUUUCUAAUGUAAUAUGGUAUAAGCAAAAUAAUCACUAACUCAACAUAACUUGUAAUAACUAAUACUGAUAACUAGCACAGCUUUUACAUUUGUUUUUCAUUCUGUUGCAGUAGACAAGAUUUAUCACAGAAAUUUACAUUUGUACACUUUAAGCUAAUGGUUUGUAUUGGCAGAAUUUUUAUUAUGGUAAUGAAACACAAUAUUUAUAAUGUUACAGUAGACCAGAAUAUGCUAAGUAUUUCGUUAUUAUUAAUAAGAAAAGCAUUAUGGAUUCCUUAUUUUCCUCUUACAAUGUGUGGCUCUUUAUUAACUGAAUACAUGAACUUGUUAAAGGGUUUCUGUUAUCACCUCAAUAAUAAUUGCUUACUACUUAUGACUCAAGUGUGAGGUACUAUGAAUACAAUUAUAGCACUUCAAAGAAAAUUGUAAACAAAAAAAUAUACAACCUUUUUUUAAGAUUCAUUUGUCAAAGAAUUUUUCAAACCAGAUUAUUUUAAACAAAAUAUUACUGUUUAAUUAAUCUGGUGUUAUUAUCAUUUCUGUUAAUUUUUUUUAAAAGGAUAUAUAAAGGUUUAUAAUUAUCACAAUGUACUAUUUGAAGGUUCUAACUUUGCAUUGGGAUGUUUCUUAAAAUGUUGACCUAUUUCAGAUUAGAAUACUUAUUCUUGAAUGCUCUUAUCUUGACAUCCAUAAUUUAUGUUCAUUAUUGUAUUAACAUACAACAGAAAUAAUCACAAACUUGAUAGUAAGGAUAUUUAAUUUGUAUAACUUGUAUAGUUAUUUGUACAAAGUUUUUAUUUGUAUUAUAUGCAGAUGUUAUAUUUACAGUUAUGACUGAUAGAUAUUUAUCUUUGAAAAAAACGUUGUUUUUGCUGUAAAAGCAUCUCUUUUUAUUUUCACUACUUAAUGUUUCAACUGUUAGUGCUUGAACAGUGUCUUUUGCUUGCACUUAGUAUGAGAGAUUUAUAGGUUCAAUAAAUAUGUUCAUCUGUGUCA